AUGCCUGCCUUCCCCACCUUCAGCGCCGUCAGCUCGACUGCCAAGCACAUCGAGCUACGAUCCGACAAUGUCUACGUCCAACGCGUGGUCAGCACAGUCAACGCCGUUCUCGAUCGUACGGGGCUGGCAUUGCCCUUGCUGACCCUCACCUUCCUCUUCCUCGUUAUCAAGUAUCACAAUCGAACCAUUUUCGCCAAGCCGCCACGAAAGGAACUCUAUUACCCACCUGCAUUGCCCCUCAUCGGUCAUACGCUCGAAGUGAUGAAGAACACCGAAUUCAUCCUUGACUGGUCAUUGGACAUGGCCCGCAGGCAUCCCAUCGGAUUCUCCGCCUCCAUCCUUGGCACUGGUACCGGCCAGAUGCACGUCAUCCACCGACCAGAGUAUAUUGAGUACGUCCAAAAGACCAACUUUGAAAACUUUGAAAAGGGCAUCGAAUUCAAGAAGCGCUUUGCAGACUUGCUCGGUCAGAACGGCAUCUUCAACUCGGACGGUCACGUAUGGAAGGCACAGCGCAAGAUGGCUUCUCACAUCUUUUCGGUGUAUCAGUUUCGCAACUGGGUUCAGACGGUAGUUCAUCGCGAGCUUGACAGCGUCAUCGGCAUUUUUGACGCCAUUUCCGAGGCCAAGUCGCAUGCCAAUCCCGGCACAUUGCUGCUUCCUGACCUCUUUUUCCGGUACACCCUUUCGUCUUUCGGCAAGAUGGCGUUUGGAUCUGACAUUCACUGUCUCACACCUGAUCCCCAGUGCCUCCACGAAGAGGUCGAGUUCUCGAGCGCUUUCGAUUUUGUGCAGGUGGUGAUAGAAAAGCGCUUCCGCAUGCCUUUCUGGCAGGUCGUCGAGCGAUUCUCUUACGAGGGUAAAAAGAAUACAGAGAUGGUCAAGAAGAUCAACGACUUCUCCACGAAGAUCAUCGACGGACGUCUUCGAGACCGAGCUGCUGGCAUUGAGAGGGAGAAGAAGUCUUCGGAUGGCAAAGACGGCAAGGAUCUGCUCGAUCUCUUUAUGGAUGUCACCACCGACCGCGAGGAUCUAAUCUCGGUGGUGCUCAACUUUAUCAUCGCUGGACGUGACACUACCGCUCAGGGCCUGUCGUGGCUCUUUUACGAGCUCAUGAAGCAGCCUCAGUAUGUCGAAGAAAUCCGUCAAGAGAUUCGCAGCGUUCUGCAUGGUACAGAUGGCAAUGUUCUCAAGCUCAACUAUGACAACGCCAAGGACCUUGUCUUCACCCAAGCUUGCUUCAACGAGACGCUUCGUCUGCACCCACCGGUGCCAAAGAAUGGAAAGCGAGCCAUCAAGGACGACGUUGUCGUCCCUCAAGGUCCCACUGCUGCUGGUCUUCCACCUAUCAGGGUCUACGCCGGCGAAUUGCUGUCGUGGUCCGACUGGGUCAUUGCUCGGAACCCUGAAGUUUGGGGUCCGGAUUGCUGUGAGUUCAAUCCCCAUCGCUUCAUUGAAACGAGCAAGGCAGCGGACGGUACCGCGACCAAGAGCUUAAAGAACUUUGGUCAGUGGAAGUUCCACGUUUUCAAUGGUGGGCCUCGUCUCUGUCUCGGUAUGGCUCUGGCCAAUUAUGAGGCGCUCAGCAUGAUUGCAGCAGUGAUCGAUAGGUACGACUUUGGUUGGGGAACCAAGGAGCAGGGUCAGAAGGCGGAUUGGCCGUUGAAGUACAUGACUUCGGUGACGCAUCCUUGUCAGAUGUACACAGCUACUGUUGUGCGCAGGGAGGGGUCCUAG